AUGGCUUCCUCUACCGGUAAUUCGUCACCAGCAGCUACGACGGAAUUGAAACCUCAAUCCAAAUCCAAGUCGAAAAAAGAAGACAAUGAACCGCCCCUUAGCGCCAACUUCGCCCGAUCCUCAUCCUCCAUGAUCGGCUACGACCACGAAGUCUAUCUUCAGUUAAUAGCUGGAGGGAAAUCUUCCACAAAGACGGCUAACCAGGUCUAUCGUGAGGAACGGACAAGACAUCUCACCACUCGGGCGUUGGACCCGGCCAUCCUGGAGCCCCAGGGGGAUCCCAGUUCGGUGGAUUUUGAAUGUGCUGAGUACCAGCGGAAGAAGGACCGGAUUCAAUAG